ACGCGCUGGGGUGUGCGCAGCCGUGAGGACGCGCCUGUCUGCUUGCGCGCGCUGGAACCCGGACUCUUGAGUGGAAACCGAAGACGCACGUGGGAGGAACGCGUGGAGCAUGAAGAGGCAGGCAGCCUCGUCCGGGCGGAAGCGAGCGCGGAUACCGUCCGGGAAGGCGGGAGCAGCAAAUGGGUUUCUUAUGGAAGUGUGUGUUGAUUCAGUGGAGUCAGCUGUAAAUGCAGAAAGAGGAGGUGCUGAUCGCAUUGAAUUAUGUUCUGGCUUAGUGGAAGGAGGAACCACACCCAGCAUGGGUGUCCUUCAAGUAGUGAAGCAGUAUGUCCAGAUACCAGUUUUUGUGAUGAUUCGGCCGCGUGGAGGUGAUUUUUUAUAUUCAGACCGUGAAGUUGAGGUGAUGAAGGCUGACAUUCGUCUUGCCAAACUUUAUGGUGCUGAUGGUUUGGUAUUUGGGGCACUGACUGAAGAUGGACACAUUGACAAAGAACUGUGCAUGUCCCUUAUUGCUAUUUGCCGUCCUCUGCCAGUCACUUUCCACCGAGCCUUUGACAUGGUUCAUGAUCCAAUGGCAGCUCUAGAGACCCUCUUAACUUUGGGAUUUGAAAGAGUAUUAACCAGUGGAUGCGACAUUUCAGCACUAGAAGGACUACCCCUAAUAAAGCGACUCAUAGAUCAGGCAAAAGGCAGGAUUGUGGUAAUGCCAGGGCUCAGUGAUAUUACUGUACCACCAAGAAAAAGAGUUAAUGAGUCUGAAAGAGUGUGGGGUGGCAUAACAGACAGAAAUCUACAAAGGAUCCUUGAGGGUUCAGGUGCUACAGAAUUCCACUGUUCCGCUCGGUUGGCUAGAGAUUCAGGAAUGAAGUUUCGACUUGACUGAGACUCAGUCAUCCAGUGGAGAUUUGUGAACAAGAUCUAGAAGCAAAUGAAUGCCAUCCUAGAGGGAUUCACAGAACUGCCUCCUACUGAUUUGAUUAAAAACGCUGAUGAAAGUGAGCUUUGCAGAUGAAAGGAGUUGCUGAUGUGCAGCCUUGGCAACGCGGACGUGAACGACUGGAGGCAACAUUUAUAUACAAGAAGGACUACUGCCCAGACCACCCUGUCAUUCAGUGGUUCUGGAAGGCUGUGCUGCUGAUGAACACUGAGAAGCAUAUCCAGUUUUGCUGCAGUUUGUCACAGAAACAUCCUGAGUACCCAGGAAUGGAUUUGGUUCCAGUGGUCCCCAGCUGUUUACAAUAUAGCAAUGGAGAAGUCCUGGAAAACUUCCCAGAGCUCACACAUGCUUUAAUCGCCUUGACUUAUCUCCAGCUGAAACCUUUGAAGAUUUAUGAGAGAAACUUGUGGUUGUGGAAGAUACACAAGGAUCUGAAGGUGUGAAUUAAGUGCCCCCUGCCUUGGGAUGGUUGUUUGUGGAGCAAGUCCUGCUUGCGCUUUUGUAUUUGCCUAACAGACUUGGCAGAGGCAAUGGCGGAAUAGCAGUUGCAGGGAGUGGCUCCUGGAGCAGAGCCUUUGCUCAUGCACUUGUGUAACAGAAAGUGGGGUCCAGCUGCUCACAGCUCAAAAGCCAAUAAAGAGGCAAGGUUGGUGGAAA